AGAAGACAAGCCUUUAAAGCAAAGUCCUGCAUUGACACUGAAGCUACAAUUGUAAGUAUUUGAUGAAUUUCAAUAGAAUAACAGAAAGCGCUUAUAAUUAAAUAAGAACCGAAAAAACUAUAACUAUAAGUAUAACUACCAAAUAAGAUGAGCAAAGCCAAAGGACCAGAACAAGGACCGCCUCUUCAGCGGUUCGACUUUUCACCGUCCAAGCGGUUGUUUCGGAGUCUCGAAAUGCGUCGACUAGAAUUUGGACCUCCAGCAGUGACAGCCAGUGCUCGACCACAUUACAGCAACAAACAGGCUGCGACGGGGUCGACUGAUCUUUAUGAAGACUACUAAAAAUCUUUGAUUUAGAUUAUGGAUUCGCACUAUCUUACACCCCCAUCACACUUUCUGAAGACUAGUAUGUCCGAGAUUUCAGUCAGGAAUGCAUUUGAGUGUUCUCAGCUUCAACCUCUUUCUAGUUAGUAGUAGAUCUAUGCACACCACGCAUAGUACUUGUACUAUUUCUUCCUGCUGACUCUAACACCUUUCAACCCGCAGCGUUGUGAAAUAUGUUGAUCCUGUUGGGAAUAGUCGCAGUGGUUGGCUCGACAACAGUGGGACACUGUUUAAGAACUGGGGUAGUCGAGGGGUCGUCACGUCACGAAACGCAGAUCAUCUUCUCAGUAAGAGUAAUGCUAAUAUACCAGGAACUUCGGCCGCGCCUGGUGUUUGUUCUCCUGUUUCUGUGGUUGUACCACGUCCUACAACUGCACAUUCUCCCGACAUCAAUUAUGUUGUCACGAACGCUAUAAAAAAUGCAACUAGAUCUCCUGCCCUAGCUGCGCCUCGCAGCUCUAGAAACCACAAUCGAAGCAGAUCACGCAGUCCCAGUGCCCAUCAUCAACUAAACCGGAUCCCACUUCGAAACAGUAAGUCGUCAUCCCCAGUUGGCGUGAGAACGAAGAAUGUUGACGUGCAACUACCAUUAGGAACAAAUGAUAAUGCAGAUGUUCUUCUUGCAGCAUCCACACCGUUGAUUACAACAAUAAAAUCCACUAGCACGACAUGUGCAACGCAGAGCGUACCAAUAAAUCAUGGCACCACUAUUUGUGCUGGCCAACAAGACCUUGCACUUUGUCAUCCUGCCAGUCACGACCCUGCUCGACCCCUGAUGACCGCAACAAGAACUUCUGCACCGAUAUCAUCGUCUUCAAGAAACAACAACAACUUCCGAUCCCGCCUAUCCAUCGAAGAGCAAAACCGUCGCUACGGUGAGGAACGUCAUGUGAUAUUGUCGGAGAAGUAUCGAAUUUUACAAGAGCACUCAGUCAAGAUGCGUGCUCGGAUAGGGGAUUGUGAGCGGACAAUAGCACAAUUGAAAAAGAACCUGGUCGAUGCACAAAGACAGAAUUCAGCACAAAGCGAAGAACUGCGGACGUGGGAAGACCGGUAGCUAAUAUAGAUGUCGUGCUAGAAUCUGUUAUUUUUAUGUAGAAUUGUUACUUACUCAUACUCAUCUCAUGCCUCUCUUCUCCUGUUACCGUCUCAGUCUUCUCGGGCACUUAUCUCACGCUUACCACGUGGUUGCUACUACGAAGAUCAUUUGGAACAAUAAUAAAAGAUUCAUACAGUGCCUUGCGUGAGCGGCAUUAUCUGGAGUCACAAAUUGAGGGCCGGGCAAAGGAAAACUCACUGCUGCUAAACGAGAGCGUGAACCUCCGGGAUGCGUGCGAUCGAGAGCUCAUCCAGUAUAAGCGACAGCUUUUAAAGCUUACGUUUAUAAUACCACAUUUAGAUGAAUAGCUAUAGGUUUAGGUAGUAGAAGUAGAACAAGUAGUGCUGGUCACAGUUAGCGAGUUGUAGGUCAUUUACACAGUCACGACAGUUCCUUAUUCUUACGGUUUAACUCUUACGACUGAGUUAGGUGCCUACUAGACCAGAUAGUCUAGUAGCCAAUCUCGUCCUCGUUCUUCUUCAUUCCCCGACGUCGCCCACGCUCGCAUCGACAAGCUAGAGGCUGAAGUCGCGCAAUCGCGGAACGCUCAGAAGGAGACGAGGAAGAUGGACUCGCUUUACGCCUACGGUCUUGAAGCUGAAAAACAACAUCUAGAAUCCACUUGUCAACGUAUACAAGAAGAGAAGGCAGCUCUAGAACAGGAAGCUUUAGAACGAAAAGGCGAGGUCCUUGACAUUCGCAUGCAGAAUGCAACUUUGACGUUACGAGUGCGAGAGUUGGAACGAAAGCUUGGCUUCGCAACAUCUGCAGCGCAGGUUGCGCAUGAAAAAGCGACUGAGGAAUUGCGCGACGCUUAUCGGAAAGAAAUCACGACCUUGCAGAACCACAUACAACGACAACAGAAGGAGAUUCGGAGAAGCAGUGGGCAAUUUCUUGGUGCAGGAGGUCCUGAACCUCAUGCUGGAAGUAGUGCGAGCCAGCAAGAAGAAGUGGAUGAUGCCGAUGAGCGUAUCAAGCGUGUAGUAGAGAAGGUGGAAAGAAGUGUAGCGCAGAAACGACCACAAGAACCUGUACUGGAAAUGACUUCAAAAACCACUACUUCAAAUACUUCUACAGCCUUUCUUGCCAGACAUCAGAAUACGAAAAGUACAGAAGAACCAUCCUGCUCCACAUCCACUACGGAGGAAGAAGAACAGCUGCUAGUCCACCCGCCAACUCGAAGCGAAUUAGCUGCUCGGAGGCUUAGCGAAUUAGACCGAAACCUGUUAUCUCUGUCGGAGUCAGCGCGUGGAGCUGGCCACGAUUCGACGCUUUUCGGGCUGUCGACACCUCCGACUUUGCCGUAUAACUACACUUCCAUAGGUGGAGGGGGAAGUGCAAUCAAAAUGGGACAUGAAGAAGUUAGUGCGGCGCAAGAACAAGGGGGCGCCGCAUUCCACAGUAGUACAUUUCGAGUGCCGGAGCAACAUGAGCCUCCACCUCUAUCGUCGGAACAACUAGACAUGGAGGAAACUUCACCAACCAAAAAGGUUUUGAAGCCUUCUUUCUCGCAGAUCUUAGAAUUGACGACCGAGAAGUCACUUCAAGCGGAGUCGGAAGGCGGCGGGGUGCCUGUACCACGACAUCCUGACAUGGAUUCAUCACAGCUGUUGAUUGAGCUCUAGGAGCUCUUUUUGAUUGAAACUAUCAUGUUUUGUCUUGAUUUUGUUUUUGCCGUUGGUGAAGUAAACUCAUUACUUUUUGAAGUUGCAUAUGGUUGCGAUGCAGGGGAUGCAUCUGUCAUAAUGGGGGAAUACAGGAGGUUAGUAGUGGGCCGCUACAAGAACUCAUCAAGUAUGUUACCAGUACGCGCAGAACGAGAAGUAGUUUUAUGAGGUAAUGAAGAAGGAUGGUCUUACUUUUUGCAGCUUAAGCCAGCUUCUCCGUCAGCGGUAAGGCCACUUGUUGCGGCAUCAGGGCGGGAAACAUUGCAAAAAUUGUCGAGAAGGGUAAGUGACCUCUUGAGUAGAACUAAACACUCCUGAAAAAUAAAAGUGGAAAC